GUUUUUUCAAGUACCAGAACAUGUCUUUCACAUCCCCUUCUCCAGUAUUAUCAUUCCUUGUGACUAACAAUACAUACCGAGUGAAAAGUGUGUUUUGCCAAAAUAACGUUCCUAAUGUUGAUGUCUUUGUCGGUGUUUGUAUGUUUGUUGUUAUUCUUUUCAUUAUCAUGACCAUAUCUGGGACAAUUUUUAUUACAAUAAAAGAGUGGAAGAAAAAAUCAGCUGGUAACAAACUGAAGGAUAGUUUAAGUUUAGCUCACAAGCACUAUGGGACAGUUUCAUUUUAUAAAAUAAAUGGUCAGCAAUUACAAGUAAAUACCCCAAAAUCCAAGUUUGAUUCGCCAGAACAUAAUCCGAUGGAAACAACAGAAAAUAAUAAUGGAGUAGAUAAACGUGUCUGGGAAUGCUCCAGUACAGCUGAACAUGGAAUAGCCCCUGCCAUCACCAUCACCAGAGCUGAUUUCUUCAACUGGAUACUGACAAGCUUUGCCAUACAAAAUAGUGUCCCUGCCCUGUUUCGCGCUAAGAACACUGUGAGAUCAUAUUCAGUGAUAAAUGGGAUCCGAGUGCUGAGUUUGCUCUGGAUAAUUUCAGGACAUGUCUGUCAUUUCAUUUUAUUUAAUAAUCUAGAUAAUCCAGUACAGUGGUUGGUGUCUGUCCCAAACAAUGUCCUUUAUAUUUUCUCUCUUGGCGGUCCAUUCUACUUGGCAGUGGAUAGUUUGUUCCUGAUUAGUGGUUUGCUGAGUGCAAGAACACUAUUAAAUAUGCAUCAUCAACCUGAAAAAGGUCUGACCUUCAAAAUUCUAAAGGACUAUGUUAUUAGGAGAUUACAGAG